AAUUAACUUUCAUUUCAUCAUCUUCUUCUUUCUCCUCAUUCUCAGCCUAAUCCUCGGCAUCAUCAUCUCACCGUUUAUCUUCUUCACCAUUCUCUCACCAUCCUUCUCAUCAUCUUCACCAUCCUCUUCCUCUUCAUCAUCUUGAUUCCUCAUGGAACCCGAUGCUGGGUUUUCCUCUUGAUCAUCUUGGUUCUUCGCGGAACCCAACCCGAUGUUGGGUGGCGAAACCUAACCCGAUGCUAGGUUUCUUGAGGAACCCAGUUCCUUGAGGAACUCAGUUUUGGGUUCCUGGGUUCCUUGAGGAACCCAAUUCUAGGUUUUGUGAGGAACCUUUUGUGAAGAACCCAAUUCUGGGUUUCUGGGUUCCUCGAAGAACCUAGGUUCUGAGUUUCAUGAGGAACCCUUGACGAACCCAGAACCUAGGUUGCGCGAGGUUCCUUGAAGAACUCAGUUUCUGGGUUCCUCGCGAAACAAACCGUAGCAUUUCUUCCAGUAAUUUCACAAUUUCACUUCAUUUCCAUAGCUCUGAGCACGGAAUUCAUAUUCUUGGUGAUUGGUUUGAUCAAUUUUGAAGUUUGGGAUGGUUAGCUUUUGAGGUAGCGAGUAGAUUUUGAUUAGAUUUUUUAAGUACAUAUUAGAAAUCAAUUGGGGUUUUAGGAUCUAAAACUUGCAACAAAUUAUUGAACAAACUAUUGAAUGCUACAUUAGGAAUCAAUUUGGCAUAAAAGCAGAAGACUGAAGUUAUUCUCAGACUUGAGUAAAGAAGAUUCAAAUUGCGCAUGGAGAAGAAAAGGACAAGAUGAUGAAUGCAACGAAAAAGUGCAAACGAUUAUUCAAAAAUUUCAAGAAAUACGACCGACACAAGGAGGAGCAGUUAUACUGUAAUAGAUUCAAAUGAAGAAUGACACCCUAUAACAUUUAGGUACAGUUGUUAGCUUAGUUAUUUCCUUUAUAUGAAGAUAUUUAGUAGAUGUUUUAAUUAAUUGUAACAGAGGCAAACUCCAGAACCAUAAAAUAGGUAAGAAAAGUGGCUUAAUUCAAACUAUUUUUACGAAAGGGGCAAAUAUAAUGCUUCUGACCACUUCCACAUAAGAAAGUUAUAAUGAAUUUUUUUCCUAACUUGUCGCAGAGAGAGCGGCUAAUUUAGUUGAUCAAUGGCAAAAUAGCCUUCACUUCCUGACCUCUGUAUUACAACAUCUACAAACCUACCAAUGAAGUGUUUAUUUAAUCUGAACAGGUCCCAUUGGUCCUUAAUAAUUGGUUGAUAGCCUUCAGCAUUUUGACCUUAGUGGCUUAGCCACUAAAUGCUAUAAUGGAGUUUUUCUCUUUGUUUUCUUGGUUAGUUUCCAUUCCUAUCACAUUGAGAGAGUGAAAUGAAAGCUUUAAGCUUUAUGGCCUUUGAUAGUAAUGAUUUAAUGGGAUGUUCGUUGGACUGUUCCACUGUCCCUGAUCUUUUAACAAUUAUAUUUUGUCAAAAUAACAAACUUGAGUUGUUGGCUGUAAAACAAUACCAAGUUGCUGAAACCUCAUUGCUUGAAUAUCAAAUGUUUUAAUAGUAUAUAGAGGGGGGCCUAGGUUUUCGAAACUUUCUUGAUUGGAAUCAGAUAGGGGUUUGAGGAAGCAAAAGCAUUAAUUGUGAUUUUUUUUUUUUAAUCAGCAUUAAUUGUGAUUGAACUGCUCAUAAACUUGCUGUUAUGCUUUAUUUGUUGAAUGGUGGGUUAACUUUAAGAUGUUAUUACGACUUAUAAAAAUGGUUUUUCAUUUUUAGCUAGAUUAAGUCCAUGUGUAAAAGUAGUUGGAUCAGGGAAAGUAGUAAACAGAGUGUGGUAGCUCCCACUGUUUUUCAUUUACUUUCCUUUAGAAGAAUUCAGUGCACAUUACUAAGUUCUACAAUCCAUUGUCUUUUAGAAAAAAAUACAUACUUACAGGAGAAACAAGGAAUCUGGAGAAAAUUCCAACUUAUGGUGGUUACCAACUUGUCCUUAUAUACAUAGUCCACUUACAAUAAAGUAAUUGGAUUCUUUCUUGACUUGUGGUGAUCACGAAGUUGUCCAUUCAUUGCAUCAUUUUUAAUUCUUUUAUGUUCCCUGUUGACAUUGUUUAAUCUAUGUGUUUCAUUGCAGCUAUUUAUAUACACAAGCAGAAAGGUUCUGAGACUCAAAUAGCAGAACCAAAGGUUAAAAUUUGGACCACUUUUCCCUGACAGUUUUCAUUUUUGUUCAGCUGAAUUAAUCUUGAUUCUGUUCUUAUCGCUGUAAAUGAAUAUAAUGGUUUUGGGUAAACAUAAAUUUCAUUUUUCUUG